UUCAGUUUUCGGCCGACAGCCGUGGAUGGCGGGCGAACCGCACCCCGCGCCCCGUGGGCCGCCCCCGCCCCGCCCACGCCCGGCCUGGCCGCCGCUUCCGGCGGACGUGGGUGCCCAGCCCGCCCAGCCGCAGGACAACCACCUGCUCCUCCCCACGCGGGGCGACCGCCCCCACGGCGCACGCUCUUCUGGCGGCGAGGGCCUGCACUCGUGGCCCGCCGUGCAGGCGUCGGCGGCCGCGGCCUCCGCCGCCAGGCCGGGCCUCCCGCCAGACCACGCCGCCGCGCCGGCCCCACGGCGAGCUCAGGGGCGGCCAGGCGCAUCCUGCGGCGCGCAGACGCCGCUGGCCGAGCUGGUGCGCCACCAUAGCCUCCCUGAGGUCGACCGCGGACACGAACGCCGCGCCGACCAAGAAGUCACUACAAUGACCAUCGUGAAUCUACCCUAUUCAUACCCACAGUGGAUGUUGCAGUGGGAUGUCAACGAGGAGGGCCUUGCGUACGACUUCUUCCAUGUCCCCCACCAAAAUCGCCGGACGAGGAACCGUGGCUUUGCGUUCAUAAACUUCCUAACGCCAGAGGCUGCAGACAUAUUUAUGUGGUCCUUCACCGGCCGCGAACUUUCCUCUCCCGCGGCUGAGAGCAAGGUGGUUACAGUCGUGCCCGCCAGGCUGCAGGGAUUCGAGGCUAAUGCAAGCCUCUAUCCAGGGGGUGUUGUGCAGAAUCCGCAGCUGCUGUUGCAGAGGCACCAUCAGCGGCACCAUCAGCAGCUUCGACAGCAGCAACAGCAGCAGCAGCAGCGGACCACUGUCAGCGGAAGCGGCAGCAGUAGAGACCGCCAUGCGGCCGUUCCCGCUGCCAUUGGCCACAGCGCUGGAUCAAGCAGCUCUUCGAGCGACGUUCCCCUAUUUCUCAGGCUAUCUUUGUGAAAGCCAAGACUGGUGGGUUCGCACGGCAUGAUCCCGGUCGAUUUUCUUUUGAUUUCUCCCAGUGUAUUUGGGACCGUUCAGCGUGGUGCUUCACGCGCUCUUCUGACCCCUUCCUCAAUCUGGGAGUCCCAGAUUGUGGGUCGAAUUUUACUAUGCUAGCCAACGCGAUCUUGAGGUUUCCUUUUGGCCCUGUGACUGGCCUGUUUGGGCGUCUUGCGAUUUCGCCAUUUAGUGCUGCAGAUAGCCAGUUCGCCUCCCGCGCUUCUGGCUUCCCGUAUCCUGCUUCGCCGGCCGCCGCCCAAUGGCUGUCUCCCUGCGGGCUCGUGGGUUCGAUAUGCAGAUCGUGUAGUUGUAUUUUGUCUCAUGUUAGAGUUUCUACAUAUGGCGGCUGUGUGCUGUCAAGUGGCGCAUGUCCAUGGAGGAGAGAUGUGUUCAAAGAAGCGCAGGUUCAUUUGGAUUUCGAAUUUGUUGCAAUGGCUCAUGCGCUCGACGACGCCGCCUGGCAUACGGCCACAUUCUCAUACGUUGCCUCGCUUAGCUGAAUCUCCAGUGCCCACCGGGUCGUUCAAGUUCCAGCUCCCUGGCAUUUGUUGCAGGUCUCACCUUCGUCCCCUCCGAUUCUGACAGUUUCUCCAUUAAAGAGGCUCAGGCUGCGAGGUAGUUUACCAGCGGAUUGCGGCCACGGUGUUGCUUUAGAUAUUUGAAGACUUGGCAUACCUAUCUACCUAUACGACCACCCUUCGGGUGAUAAGGAGGUUGUGGGGGGGGUGGACGUCUGUCGGUUUGCCACUCGUGUCUGGGCGUGUUUGGUUGACAGGCUGGGCUGCGGAUCGUGCAAUUUCGGAAGUUGUGCAGCGGGCCGUUCGGCAUGGUACUCGCCGACGGGCGUGUCAGCUUGCUGGGCCGUCUUGCAGGUGAGUUCCGCAUGCGGACAGCUCAUUCGGUUAUCUUUAGGACAUCCCUUAUAUGUCCCUUGCCUCUUGCUUUGCUUCCCGGCCGCGGAGAUUCUUCAGCGGGCCGUUCGGUAUGCUACUUGCGCACAGGCGUGUCAGCUUGCUAGGCCUGUUUGCAGGUGAGCGCCGCUAUCGGGCACUUCAGUAUUUUGUCCGCAUGGUAUUGUCGCUGCUGAUCCUCACUCACCCGUCCUCUCUCACCCCUUGCUUCUUCUAUGAGUUCUCGGCAGCGGAAAUUCUUCAGCGUGUCUUUCGGUUUGUGAUUCGCGCCUGGGCGUGUUAGGUGCUACUCGCGGACGGGCGUGUCAGCUUGCUGGGCCGUCUUGCAGGUGUCGCACAGGAGAAAAGAAG